CUGAGGUUUUCUCCCAUCAACAACCCGAAACUGUCAGAGACAACUUCUGCUUCCACUGCGGUGCACUGGUUUGAACAUGUGUACUUAUACUAUCCGUAGCUCGGUGUUCCUGUCCUGACAGCCUCACGCAGUCAUCCAGAGGCGCCGCGUCGGACGGGCAGUGGAGAAGCACUUGAAGCCAGAUGAACCAAAGAGGCGUUAAAACAGGAAAGAGGAUUCCUUUUGUUCCUGCAAACUGAUUUAUUGUUGGGAGGGAACAGAAGACAAGAGCUUUGUCAAAAUGUUGAUAAAGAUGCCAUCACUAUCCUGUGGAAGAGAGAGUCUGAAGUGAUGGAGAACAGAGAGGAAAGCCCUGCAGAUGAGCAGGCCCCCACACCUCCAGAGCGAGGACUGCUCCACAUCUGGCAGUCAGCGGGCCCUAGUUCACAAGUCAGUCCAGAGAGAGUGCUGCUGUCCAGGCCUGUCCUUCAGGCAAGCCUGGGAGACCAACAUGGACUCCUGCUGAUACAGGGUGGACAGGUCUAUUCCUUUGGAGUGCUGUCAUGGAGGGAUUUUAGCAUCCCGGUGUCAGCUCCGUUGCUGGAGGUCUCUCUGCUGGGGAGGACGGUGGUCCGUGUGGCUGCGGGUGGUUUCCACUGCGGAGCGCUAAGCGAGCAGGGCAAUGUCUACAUGUGGGGGGAGAACACUGCAGGACAGUGUGGGCUGACUGAGAGGGGCACAGACACAAUUUCAGAGCCUUGCCAGGUCACUGUGGUGGACAGUGAGGUCGUUCCUCCAGCAGUGGUUCGGGUUGUGGAUCUGGCUCUCGGACGGGAGCACAGCCUGGCUCUAUCGGCCCAGAACGAGCUGUGGGCCUGGGGAAGCGGCUGCCAACUUGGCCUGGUCACCAACACCUUUCCUGUGUGGAGACCACAAAAGGUGGAGCACUUGGCAGGCAGACAUGUAAUUCAGGUGGCUUGUGGUGCCUACCACAGCCUGGCCCUGGUUCGGAGUUUACCUCAACAGAAUACCCAGAAUCCUUCUGAGAGGAGGCAGCGGGGUCGGUCACCUCACUAUUCAGUGACAGAAAGGGAGGAGCUGUUUGCAGCUGAAACUGGUCACUACUGUCCGCUGGGGGUGGAGCUGACUGAAGUCAUGACAGACGAGACCUCUCCCAGUAGAAGAGACCCAAGACAAAGGGUCAAACCUGGGGAAAGGUCAGCUGGUAGCAGCCCUGGCUCUGCAGCCGGUUUAUGUCCAUUUUCUGAAGAUGGCAACUCUAACUCUAAACAGACAAAUCUUCCAGUUGGGCACACUCACCCCCUCAAUGAAACUGACAACAGCCGCAAGUCUCAACCAGUGUCAGGCUGGAGAGCCAAUAAGAGCCCUGCAUUCCCUGACGAAGUAGAGCUCCAGAACCUGCUCCAAAAACUCUCAAGUCACUCAUUGGAGAUGCGCCACACCACCGGGCCUGGAGAUACUGACUCACUGAGCAGUUACACUUCAGAUGACAGCUGUGUUUCCUCAACUCCUUCCACGGAUCUGUUGACUUCCAGUUACAAAGAAGAUUCACCAAUUAGGAGUCAAUCCAACAAUAAAAUGGCGUAUUCCUCCUCUCCUGUGUGUUUGGAAGAAGUUCGGCUUUGUCUGGAGGCGGAGAAGCCGACGCUGAAGGGACCAAAGAGCACCAGUCUCACAAAUAUAAAUCAGAAGGGCGAAGCAGCAGCAAAUAGGAGACGCUCUCUGCCAGGAACACCGACACGUGGGUCUCCACGGCGACGGCGGGCUUGUGUCUGCAAGCCGUUCUCCUCUGGUCGGACCCAGACUGCAGCACCGGAGGAGGCUGGAGAAGGGCUGCCGUCUCUGGAGACAGAAGUGUGGAGCUGGGGCCGCGGGUCUGAGGGGCAACUGGGACAUGGAGAUCAGCUCGCCAGGCUCCAGCCUCUGUGCAUCAAGUGUUUGACAGGUGAGGAGGUGAUCAAAGUCGCCGCAGGGUCACACCAUUCACUGGCGCUCACCGCUCAAUGCCAGGUGUACUCAUGGGGCAGCAACAUGUGUGGACAGCUCGGCCAUGUCAACAGUCCGGUCACUGUACCUCAACAGACAAAGCUGUCUGAAGGUCUUCGGGUUUGGGACGUGUCAGCGGGUCAGAGCCACUCCCUAUUCCUGGCUGAUGGAGACUGUGUCCAACCGGUCCUGUUGUACUGCGGCCAGCAGCAAGAGCCAACAUCAGUGCAGACGGAGAGGUCAAACCGGAGUCAAAGGUCACCCAAGAGAGCAGAGAGUUAUACUGUCAGACCCAACCUGCUGCCCUUCUGCAUGGAGAUGGGUUACAUUAGCAGUGUUAGCAGCGGUGGUCAGAGCUGUGCGUUGUUGGCGGACCAGAACGUCAUGGGUUUUAUCUCCGCUAUCCAUGAGCUGGCCUCCAGAGAGAGACAGUUCUACUGCUGGCUGAGCAGCGUCAGGAAGCUCCUCCUCAAACCGCUACGUAACAGAGAGAGCGUGUGUCCGUCAUUAGGGGAGCCAUGCACUCAUCUCUUCUUCUCCCUCUGUGAGAGUUUUGUCCGUCUGAGCCUCCUGAUCGGUCGACACUCCACGUCACUCAGCUACUUCCUUCAUGACGUGCAGGGCUCUGAUGUGACAUCCCUUCCGCUGCUGACGCACAAUGAGUACUUUCUGGACAUUUAUAAAGAGUAUUGUUCUUCAGUAGGUAACUUCCAGGUGAUGGGUGGAUUCAAAUCACUCCAUAAACUCUCCCUUGAGUGUUUGGGCUCUCAGCAGACUGUGCUCGCUCAGCUGUGUGUACCAGACCAGUCCAUCAGUGGAAAUGUUGAUCUGGUUGCCUUGUUGUACUGGCCCCUGCAGCAGCUUCACCAGUAUAGCCGAGUCCUGCUCAAACUGGCAGCCUGUUACGAUGUGUUAACUACAGAGUAUCAGACCCUCCAUCAGGGCUGUAGUCAGUAUGACUCCCUGUCUUCGUCCCUGCUGAGGAGGAAGAAGGAUGCUGAAACCACCUUCCUCUUCUGGAGUACCCACUCUGGAAAAACUAUGGAGAUCCUGCGUCUCCCACAGCGUCGUGUGGUUUGUGAAAGCAGCAACAGAUCUCUGACUCUGCAGAACGCCGGGCGGUUCUCCAACCACUGGUUCAUGCUGUUCAAUGACACACUGGUGCACACACAGUUCUCCACACAUCACAUCUACCCUCUGACCUGUCUGUGGGUGAAACCGGUGACUGAAGACAGCAGCGGACUCUAUGCCAUCAAAAUAACAUGUCCAGAGGAGAGUUUCACCCUGGUGGCCUCGACGCCACAAGAGAAGAACAAGUGGCUACGGUCUCUUAACCAGGCGGUGGAUCAGGUGCUUGGCGGUGCAGGUCAAGGAUCGUCUCCGGGGUUGACGGCAAUGUCUCGCACGGCCUCCUACACGUUCACCGGAGAGGGCCGGUUUAAAGACGCCCAGUACACCGGGGGCUGGCUGGCAGGACGAGUUCAUGGCAGAGGCACCAUGAAGUGGCCGGAUGGAAGGACCUACAGCGGGAACUUUAAGAAUGGACAGGAGGAUGGCUAUGGAGAGUGUAUAAUGCCUGACAAAGUGCUGAAUAAGCCAGACAGCUACCAAGGUGUCUGGAGAGAUGGCAAGAUCCAUGGUUUCGGCAAGUACAAGUAUGCCAGUGGCGAGGUGUACGAGGGCUGCUUCUGUGACGGGCAGCGGCACGGUUACGGCAUGCUUAGCUCCGGUAGGCUGGCCAAAAUGUCUUCCAGCGUUUUCAUUGGCCAGUGGGUCCAUGACAAGAAGACGGGAUACGGAGUCUACGAUGACAUGACCAGAGGUGAGAAGUACAUGGGACUGUGGGCGGACGAGCAGCGGCACGGCAGCGCUGUUGUUGUCACCCAGUACGGUUUGUACUAUGAAGGGAUCUUCAGAGACAACAAGAUGUGUGGCCCAGGUCUGUUGGUGUCAGAUGAUGACACAGCUUUACACGGGGAAUUUUCUGAUGACUGGAUUGUCAACGGGAAGGGUACUUUAUCCCUGGCUAACGGUGACUGCCUGGAGGGCAUGUUCAGCGGAGAGUGGACCGCAGGGCUGAAAGUAGUGGGAACCUACAUCAAACCAUCGGCAGAUGAACCUGAAAACAAAGAGAGAAACAGCCUGCUCCAGGUGGGUCAGUACGCGGUGCCUGCAGGUCAAAGGUGGCUCUGUGUGUUUGACGAAUGUUGGAGUCGACUGGGCUGUGAUUCUGCUGGGAGAGGAGAGAGGACUGCAGCCUGGGACAACAUCGCUGUCACCAUAACAACUGCAAGACGACAAAGCCCAAAUCUCAGUAGGUCUCAGAGUAAAGUACUGGAGUCUUUGGAGUUUAUUCCUCAGCAUGGAGAACCGGUGACAACGGCAAACUACGACAACAUACGAAGAUACCUCAUCAAGGCGUGCGAGACUCCUCACCACCCUCUGGGCUGGCUGGUGGAGACAUUGGUGACGGUCUACAGGAUGACCUACGUCGGCGUGGGAUCGAACCGCCGGCUGCUCAGACAGGCCGUCCAGGAGGUUCUGGCCUACCUCACUAAUUUCUUCAGCAUUGUCAGGUUUCUGUUUCCAGGACUACCAGAUGAUGGCGGCAUCAUCCCAGACCCGCCCGCCCCAUCUAAAAGCAAACAGAACUCUAACAUAGCAGAGCAAGGCGGUGUCAUGGUGGUGAGCUGCUCCUCUCUGCUCCUCCCUCAGCUGCUCCCUCGACUCUACCCUCCCCUCUUCACCCUGUACUGCCUGCAGGAGGAGCAGGAGGACACCCAGUACUGGGAGCGCAUCCUCCGACUCAACAAACAGCCCGACCAGUCGCUGCUCCGCUUCCUGGGAGUGCAGGAGAAGUUCUGGCCAGUGUGGAUGUCGAUUCUGGGAGAGAAAAAGCAGAUUGUGUCCAGCAGUAAAGAUGCCUGCUUUGUUUCUGCUGUAGAGACACUCCAACAAAUCAGCACCACCUUCACUCCGUCAGACAAACUCCUGGUCAUCCAGAAGACGUUUGAGGAGUUGACCCAGGAAGUGAAACCUAUGCAGGGUAGCAACUUCCUGUGGUGCAUGGACGACCUGCUCCCUCUCUUCAUCUAUGUGGUGCUCAGAGCGAGGAUCAGGAACCUCGACGCUGAGGUCAGUCUGAUAGAAGAUUUAAUGGAUCCCAACAUUCAGCACGGAGAGAUGGGACUGAUGUUCACCACACUGAAGGCCUGCUACAUCCAGAUCCUGCACGAAGCUGCUAUGUAGGAGCAGAGAGGAAGACACCACAGUGCUUCACACAUAGGAGCUGCCAGAACAAAACCAGUCAAACCACCAGGAUUCUACUGGAGGCCACUGGGAAGCUGCAGAUGGAGGGAGGAGAAAAGCGUCACUCCUUCACCGUCUGUCAAACAGGAAACUGAUGUCUGAAACCUCGUUAACUGCCGAUCCUGUCAGUAUGUCACAACACACCAAAUUUCUUUCUUUUGUACCUUAAGUUUUCAUAGGAAAGUAACACAUCGCCCUCUUCUGGACAAGUAAGAAAUAUGCUUUAUUAUCCUCAAAAUAACAUUUGGUGAGAUGUCACUGUAUAUAUUUUUUCAGUCAUAUUUUAUAUUAAUACAUCAGCUCAGUUUUCAUUUCUAAACUCAGUAGCAGCAGAUUUCUCUAAAAGGUCAUUCAUUAGAACAUACUAUUUUAUAUGAAAUAAAUAGUGAUGGCCCUGGAAGUUGUUGCACUGUAUAAUACUCAAAGCAAAGGGAGUUGAUGAAAAAAAAAAAAAAAAAAACUUUAAGGGGCUAGUUACUGAAAAUAUGAUAUAAUAAUGUAGAUCUUGUUUAAAUGGCCAGGAAAUCCUCAAAGGGAACUUCAAGGUUUUAAAGUAGUAAAGUAGUAGUUUUUUUUGUCUAUUUCCAUGUAUUAAUUUAACAGUAAAUGCACUGUUGAAAAUAUAAAAAUGUAAUGAAGCCUAACAUCGCAGUAUCAAAACUAAAUACAGUACACUGUGUUUGGUAACUGCAGUUCUGCUCAUAAUGAGCAGUUAAGACUGCUGCUUGUCAGGACAUAAACAGGUUGCGCUUUAUGUUUUGAUGUCGAUUUUGUAAAAACAAAGAUUCUCCUGCAAUUGAGGAUGUUUUUAUCACUCGUAGUUAUGUGAGCACUUUUUUUUCAUUACCAGAGCAACGUCAGGAGACACAGAUGGAGUUAACAAUUUUACCGUCUGUUUGAAAUCAAAACCAACCACUAAAUGACUCAACUGAGGUUUCAAUAUUUCUUCCAUCAGAAGCCAAACCAAAUUCACCGAGUCAGAAAGCUUAAUGUCUCAUUUAACAUUUAUGUUCCUUCAAACGUAAAUAAGUCUAAACAUUAUCUUACUUUGUUUGCAUAUGUUACAUUUCAGUGACAUCCCCUCUCACUCCCUUAACUAAUUUAGACCCUUUUACGUAUUUUGAGUGCAGGAGAGGUAGUUAAAAACAUUACACUAAACAGACAGUUUCAUUUCUUGAACAUUUUUAAUUAUUUUUAUUUAUUCAUCUUUUCGCCCUUGUACUCUCCUGUAAUGCAAACCUAGCCUGUGCUGUUGAAACGUGCCAUGAAGCGGUUUGUCUCAGGUCUGAACUUCUGAUAUUCACAACUAGUAAAAAAAAUAAGCUGACCAGUAGGACAGUAACAUGUCACUACAGAGGGAAGGUUUUUUAUACUUUACUUGAUAUAAUUAAUAAGAGUAACACUGAAUAGUUGAGCAUUAAGGAAAUAUUAAUUCCUUUGCUUAUAUUUCACUCCGUUUGUUACUCUGUCGAGUGUGUGUUUGUGUUUGAAUGAGCGUGUGUGAACAAGUCUGACGAGGAACACUUUAAAAGUUAAACUGACAGCUUUUUAGUUUAGUUCAUGAAAUAGUCAGGAGAUUAUAUUAUCUUUUAAAACGCAAUCGCUUUGGAAUCCAAGCUACCUUAAAAAUAAUAUGUAUUCCAGGAUUUCACCCUGUCUCCAUCAAAGUCAUUAUGUUUUCAGUCCUGUUGGGGAAAUCCUGCAGAUUUCACUGAAAUUUGGUGAAAUGUUUACCCCUCAAAAAGUGAUGACCACUUGAUGUGUAUCCAAUAUUUUUUUUCAAAGGAUUCAUUCACAUGGCGAGGAAAGGAUAUUUUAAACAUUCACUAUUUUCUUAAGAACUACUGCACUUCCUUAAAAGAAAAAAAUAUGGCAUAUGUACGCCAUGAUUAUCUAUCACUGUGUGUGUUUUAAUGCAGCUAAUUAACUAGAUUACAGAAAACAGCAAGGUACUUCUUUCAGUUAGUUUUUCGAUCCUUUGAUCGUAAAGGACUGUAUUUUCAAGUAAUAACUUUCAGUACUCUGUAUUUUUUUUUUUUAAGUUCCUUUCUCUGGCAAAAGAAAAAGUUUACGAUUACAAUUUGACCUGACAACCAGUUUUAACCCCCAGAAUGUCCCGAGCUCAGCAAUUUUAACAUUUGUUUGAGUAAAAAAAAUCAUUUUGUUUUCUUUCUUUUUUAAGAACCCAGGAGCUCCAAUCACUCUCAAAGGAAUUGUCUUACAUUUAUUUAUUAUAAGAAGCAAUUUAAAUUAUUUAUUAGAGAUUUAUUAAAAGUAUAAAUCCUAUAUCAGAAAAUUUACAACAACCUUGUUUGGAUGUUAAUUAUUCCUGUGGAGUCAAACAUUUAGAUUCCAUCUAAAAAAAUGAAAAAAUUAAUCAUCUGAGAACUUUGGAUGUUUUUAAGCACCGCCAUCAUGUUACUGACUGUUGAUGAACUAAACUUGUAUUUAAGUUGUCAUGAAUAAAACUGCAGAAACUUCAGAUUGAAUUGCAGAAUACAACAAAAACAAUAUUACAGAAUAGCAGCUGUUGGAUUCAAAAUAUUAUUCUCUUUUUCGGUGUUACUGAACAGUGUUUGUACUGUAUUUAUUGUUACUUUGGUUUUUGCAGAAUGUAGACAUGUAUGUGUUGAGACAGUUUUCUUUCUUUUUGCUAUUAAAACAGCUGCAGUUUAUUUUAAUACAGAAGUAGCAACUAAGGAUGGAUGAGACUAAAGCAUUCAGCUCGCCUCCAUUGACACCAGGUCAACGGACUGUACAGAUGUUUUGCAUGUUUUAGCCCAAAUAUCAACAAAUUACCUGACAUUUUCAGUCUACCAACCCAAUCAUUAUCACUGACAGGACUUCAUUAUGGUUUGUUGUACCUAAAUAAACUAAUCACUCAGAAAAUGCAGUUAUGAUUUCUAAAAUGGCCAGAGGUAAUAUACUGUAUAAAAGCACACAUAGUUUCUAGUUUUUUGGGCUCAAACAUGUUAAACAUGUCAUCGUCUUCUGUAAAAACCUAAAUUUCUUGGAGGUUUCAAAAUAUGAGGCUAUAACCUGACUGAAUUUAUGACUUGAGUUUAUUAUUUUUGUAACUAAGCCUAUAUUUUUGUAACUUCAUGUAUUAAUAGAGAGAGAUGAUUCAGGGGAACUGAUUGCAGAAUGUUAGUUUUGAUAGAUAAAUGCAGUGAGAUGGGAAAUUAAAAAUGUGUUUACAAUAAAUGUGUGGGCAAUAAAUUUGGUUUAAA